GGUAAUGACGUUACCGAAUGUGGUGUUCGUCCUAGGGGCACCAGGAGCCGGAAAAGGAACCCAGUGUAGCAAACUAUCCAAUAAGUACGGAUAUUCUCAUCUCUCUGCUGGUGAUCUACUUAGAGCAGAAGUUAAAGACGAUGGUCCCGAUGGCGCUUUGAUUGCGGGAAUAAUGCUGGAAGGGAGGAUAGUUCCCUCUUCGAUAACAGUUAACUUACUAUCACGAGCUAUACAAAAGGUGAGCAGUCAAAAAACUCCAAACUCAACUUUCCUGAUCGACGGUUUCCCCAGAACUCAAGAAAACUGGUCUACUUGGCAGGAGAUUAUAGGAGAAAAGGCAAACGUUCGGUUUAUGCUGUUCUACGAGUGCUCCGAGUCAGUGUGUACAGAUCGUGUGUUGAACAGACAGGAUGGCAGAGUGGACGACACUGAAAAGAUUGUCAAGAAAAGGAUUGAAACGUACAACAUCAGCACAGUACCAGUAAUAGAGGACUUUAGAACCGCUGGAAUGUUACGGGUGGUACAAGCAGCAGCUCCUAUUGAGCAAGUGGCUCAGGAUACUGAGAUAUUCAUGGCAGAGAUCCAUGACGUCCAAUCUGGUGGUCAGAAAUCUUGAAAUUGAAAUGUUGACAAAACUUGAGUUUGUUUUAGCUGGUAUAUAAUGGUGAACACAAUUUAUCAUUGUUAUUGUUUAAAAUGUUUAUGUUUCAUUUCAUUAUAGUUGAAUAAUUCCGAGCAAUUCAUUGCAUGUUACGUUGAGUUAAUUUACUGUUUCUACAUUUCAAUAUUAUCGCAUAUUUAACGAGUUUUUGUAUAUUUCGUUUCAUUUAUUG